GUUUGCGCAUACGCACGUCGAACUUCCAAGUUGUAAACGAAGUAGUUCGCGAUCGACCGCCAGCGGGAGAGGAAGUCGCUAGCGGUGGAGUUAAAAACAAAUAGAAAUAACACUCAAUGGGGAGAGUCUAGUGUUGUGUUGUGUGGUGUGUGCUUUUUUUUUGUGUUCGUACUAUUGUGUUUUGACAGUUCCUCAGGAUGCAGGGCCGUGACAAAUUAUGCGCAAAGCUUACGAGCGCAUUCCUUAGGAAGUGGUGGUUUGUGCUGGCCUCUGCAGUUGUUCUACUGCUUCUGGGUGUCACAUGCGCUAUAUUCUUCGGUUCGUGGAUUCGCAUGUACAUAGACAAUGAGCUGGUACUCCGCCCAGGCUCGAUGACAUUCGAGUGGUGGGCGCGACCACCCGUGCGACCUUUCGUCCACGUCUACGUCUACAACGUGACGAACGCGGACGAGUUCCUAAACAACGGCUCCAAACCCGUCCUGGACGAGUUGGGACCUUAUGUGUAUUCAGAAGAAUGGGAGAAGGUGAACAUCACGGACAACGAGAACGGCACGCUAUCGUUUCACUACAAGAGGACGUACACCUUCAUGCCAGACCUCAGCGCGGGUCCCGAUGAUGACUCCGUCGUGGUGCCCAAUAUACCCAUGUUGAGUGCAACAUCUCAAUCGAAACACGCUGCACGCUUCCUUCGCCUCGCCAUGGCUUCCAUCAUGGACAUUCUCAAGAUUAAACCUUUCGUGGAAGUGUCUGUUGGACAACUACUCUGGGGAUAUGAAGAUCCCCUCCUGAAACUGGCCAAGGAUGUGGUGCCAAAGGAACAGAAGCUCCCUUAUGAGGAGUUUGGACUCUUUUAUGGGAAAAACGGCACUUCACCAGACAUAGUGACGAUGUUCAGCGGCGCAUCUGACAUCACGAAGUACGGCAUCUUCCAGCGCUACAACCAUCGCGAACGCCUCCCGCACUGGAGCACUGACGAGUGCAACAGCAUCUCCGGCUCAGACGGCUCAAUCUUCCCUCCCCAUAUCACCAAGAACGACACCAUAGCUGUAUAUGACAAGGACCUUUGCAGACUUUUACCCCUCCGAUACCUAAAAGACGUAGAAUCAAGCGCGGGCGUCCAAGGUUACAGAUUCACCCCACCAGAAGAUGUUUUCGCGAACGAUGAACACAACAAGUGUUUCUGCCCGGCCGGACCCCCGUGUGCCCCCAAUGGACUUUUUAACGUUUCCUUAUGUCAAUAUGAUUCACCAAUUAUGCUAUCAUUUCCUCAUUUCUACCUGGCUGAUGAAAAGUUACGCGAAGCAGUAGAAGGCGUUUCACCACCGGUACCGGAUAAACAUCGCCUUUACAUUGAUAUCCAGCCCGAGAUGGGCACAGCUAUGCAAGCACGCGCACGCAUCCAAAUCAACCUGGCGGUUUCUCAAGUGGUGGAUAUCAAGCAGGUGGCAAACUUCCCGGACAUUGUCUUCCCUAUACUGUGGUUUGAAGAGGGUAUAGACGAGCUCCCGGAGUCGGUAUCAUCGAUGCUCCGGCUAGCCACCAAAGUCCCGCCGAUCGCGCGAGCAAUACUCGGCUGGGGGCUUUCCGCUCUGGGCAUACUGCUUAUCCUACUCGCAGUCACUUGCCUUAUUCGGUCAUCGCACCGUCAAAGCACAUUAAGGCUGGAGGGCCACGCGGUAGCCAAACCUCCGCCGCCAAAAAUACCCAGCAAAGAAAAUGGCUACGAAUUAAACAAUAGAAGAUAACAUGUAAAAUGCAGUUUUUAUAUAAUGACGUAUCAUAAACGUGUUUGUAACUGUAUUUUGGCUCGAUUUAUACGCGUACUACUUUUACCAAAUCCUACUAUGCUCAAACAUUUUAUACUAUUGCAACACUGUUUUGUUUAUUCAACUUUAUGUAGCAUUAAUAAAAGCUCUUAAGAGAGUAACGGUCGACGUGACACUCGGACGUCAAACUUUACAUAUCCACCGUAAGAAGAUUCUAACUAAUAUAGUAAUAAAAUGGUGUUGCCAACAUUUCUACCAUGACUGAUUAGCAAAUCCUGCCAAAUUGAAAAAAAUAUACAUCAAAAUCUACUGAUGAAUGUAGGUUAGUGGGAAACUUUGCUACUACAGCAAAUAAUAAAAUAAUUUGAGCCACAAAAUGGUUACAUUCAUAAACUUUAUAGAAUAAAAAACACAUUAGCCUUAAAAUAUUAUUAAUUCAAAAUAAACCCCCCUAAAUUUAGAAUUAUUGUUAAGUUUUGAAUUGUGACUCAAAAUCUAAUUUGAUAAAUUUUAUUAUUUUUGACAUAUAAAAAAAUAUAUUUGACAAUUUUAUUUUAUUACGGUAAAAAUGGUAUUCUAGUUUACUUUUUAGCAUUUUUACUCGUUUAGGUACCACCUUUUAACAAUGUAGGGUACUAUUAGUUUGUUUUUAUUUUAAGUUUUUUUUUUCCAACGAAUGUGAUAACUUCAAAUUUAAGAUUCGAACAAAUUUAGAUUUAAUAACAUUCGGGAAUUUUGGUUUGAAUGACUGUUUUUCAUCUGUAAAUAUUUUGAAAUCUUUGGUCGAUUUGGGUUGCCAUUUAAUAAAAUCUUUUCGGUUUUAAGGCAAAUGUAAAGAAUAAAACGAGAAUAAAUUUUGCGAUCAGUGCGACGAAAUAGAUAGGUCAAAGUCAUAAAUAUUAUAAAAUUGAAAGAAUCGCAAAGUUUAUCAUAGAUAUAUAUAUGCUGGUAAAUUAAAAUAAGAUUUAAGAAAAAUAAAUACUUAGUUAUCGAGUUUUUUUUCUACGGUCGCAUUUAUUCAAAGUUAUUAUUUAGACAAUUUAGUUUUUCUUACUUCGUCUUUA